AUUGACAUUAGCAGUAUAGUAGGAUGUUAUAUAUAUGGUUUUACUAAAUAAUACCGGCUCGUGAAUUCCGGGAAAUUCGGGAUAAGAAGCGCGCGAUUAAUCGUUAUCGGAAAUAAACCUCGCGGAAAGAGGAUGCUGUUGAGCAAAGUAACACUAUUGUUUCGUGGAAGGACUGUCCUUAGGAAGACAGACACGAUAUCGAAAUCUUUUCUUCGGUCGACGAUCACUACGCCGUCCGGGGCAAUCCUGCCCGAGCCGAAGAGAACACCGUUCAGCUUCCUGGGUGUCGUCAGCAGUGUGAUAUUCGGCUUGUUAGUCGGUGCCACGAUCAGUAAGAACAUUGCCAACUUCCUGGAAGAGAAUGAUCUUUUCGUUCCCUCUGACGACGACGAUGACGAUGACGACGACUAGCGACCAGCUAGUUUCAUUCCCUUGUGAUUAUUUAAAAUACUCAAACGAUUAGACGUGCUCUUGAUGCUCUCGAAGAUUCAAGUUAGACGUUGCAGUGAUAUAAGAUCAGCAAGUGUAUAUGAAAUAGAGGAAGAGAAAUCUCUUCCGUUAUAUUACUUAGUGUAAAAUAGAGAAUCGCAUCACAGAGAGAAUCUUGUUGGACUUAAAGGUGGAAAUACGAGA